AUGUUUUCCUUUCUGUAUAUUGCUUUCACAGUAAUAUCGAUUUUACUUGCCAGUUCAACAUUUGCAGACCCAGAUGUCUCUCAAUUCAAAGUCGACUCGCUGCCAGGAGGCCCUCCUCUGCCUCCCAGUUGGGCCGGACGGCUGCCUGUUCCUGGUGCCGAACCGGGCAACGCCCUGUUCUUCUGGCUCUUCCAAGCAGAAGAUUCUGUUUAUGAUGACAAUCUAAUCAUCUGGCUCAACGGCGGUCCUGGCUGCACGUCUCUAAUCGGACUGACCACUGGAAACGGCCCAUUUUAUUUCGAUAAUAACUCUACUCGCCUUGUCGCGAAUCCGUAUUCCUGGACUAAAUUAGGCCAUGUUCUUUAUGUUGACCAGCCCGUUGGAACCGGUUAUUCAACUGCAAGUCAGCCUUACCCAGCUGUCGACAAUGAAAUUGUGACCACGCACUUUUAUAACUGGUUGCAAUCGUUCUUCGCCCAUUUUCCUCAUCUCCUGCGAAAACAGGUGCAUUUAAUGGGCGAGUCAUGGGCCGGCAUAUACAUCCCGCAUUUUGCAACUGCCAUAGUCAACAACGAGGGCUCUUUCCAAAUCAGACUCCGUUCAAUGACCAUAGGCGAUGGUUCCAUUGGUAAUGGAGCUGCUAUGGCUACCGCUACAAUGGGGACAUAUUUAGAAUCGCAGAAGUCACUUCUCCAGAUUCCAGAUGACGUCCUGGCUGUUUUCAAAGAAGCAGACGCAUCAUGCGGCUUUGACGAUAUCUUGGAACAAGCAGCCCAGUUUCCCCCCGGAGGUAAAAUAUCCAUACCUGGAAAUCCGGAAGGUCUGAACACCAAGCAUAGACGCCAGCACCGCAUGUCCCGCGACUUGGGUGACAUAUACGCCGGAACCUGCGCGACCAACCCAGCAAUAGCGGAAGAAGUCCGGUCGUCAAUUUAUUCCUCCUGCUACGGACCUUGUGCUACUUAUUCUGCUGCAACGGAUUACCUGACUACAAUCUUCUCACCAUGCUUCGACUUGUAUGACAUAAGUCACGACUGUAGCACGAUCAACUCAUUUAACCUGGUUGCCUCAUACUUCAGUCGCCCCGAAGUCCAGACCGCACUGAAUGCGCUUCCGUCAGCCUCAACUUCACCAUCAGUAACCGAAGACAAUCCCGAUGACUCCCAGCGCCAAACGCCAUCGCCGUUUUUAUCUUGCAAUCCCGACAUCCUCUCUACGCUCUUACUCGGCGGCCAAACCCCACAAGCCCCCGUGUACUCCGUCCUCCCAAAUCUCGUCACAUCACACAAUAUCUCCCUGCACCUUUACUGGGGCGAGUACGACAUAUUGCUCAACCACUUCGGCGCGGAGCUUAUCCUGCAAAACAUGACCUGGCACGGAGCCCAGGGUUUCUCGUCACCGAUAACCCGCCCGUUCUACCAGGACAACGCGGCUCCUCAUGACCCCGAUCCCCGCGGUAGCAGCAGCAGCAGCAAGAACCAAAACAACAACAACAACAAUAACCCGGGGACCUGUGCUAUCCCCGAAGCCGGAAAAUGGAUUUCAGAACGUGGUGUAACGUACCACCGGUUUAGGGGCGCGGGACACAGUGUUUUCCUCAGUAAACCACGUGAGAUGUUUGCUUACGUGCGGGAUGUGGUUGUUGCAGGGGACACAGUUCAUGCCCGUUGUUGCAAGUGA